AGCCCCGCCCCUUGACAACGGGCUUCCUGCUAGUCCUGUGAUGUCCCGACCUCCCGUGACAUCACCACGCGGAAGUGUCCAACGAUUCGGGGGGACCGUUGUCGCUGGCGGAGGCAGUAGCGGCGGCGGGAUUAAGACGAGAUGGCUCCGACUGGGCUGAAGGCGGUGGUCGAGGAGAAGAUCCUGACUGGGGUAAUCUCCAGCGUCAAAAAGGAUGGCGAGUGGAAGGUCUUGCUGGUCGAUCACACCAGCAUGCACAUACUGUCUUCGUGCUGCAAGAUGUCCGAUAUACUGGAUGAAGGCAUCACUAUUGUUGAAGAUGUUAAUAAGAGAAGAGAACCAAUUCCAAGCCUGGAGGCCAUUUAUCUCCUCACUCCCAGCGAGAAGGUAAUUCAUUGCCGCAGU